GUGACCUGCAAGCCUGGGAGGGCAGCGGGCUGGGCGGUCACUGCGAAGUUUCCGCAGCAGCCGCGGGGUCCCCACCAGCUCGCCCGGAGCAGCGGCCCGGAGCAGCGGCGGGGCGGACGCGGACCCAUGGCCGGCGGGGGAGCCGGGGCCCCGGGGGCGGUGGAGGCCUCCGCAGCGCCCGACACCCGCGAGCACCUCUUCAAGGUGCUGGUGGUCGGCGAGCUCGGCGUGGGCAAGACCAGCAUCAUCAAACGCUACGUGCACAAGCUCUUCUCGCAGCACUACCGGGCCACCAUCGGCGUGGACUUCGCCCUCAAGGCUCUCAACUGGGACAGCCGGACGCUGGUGCGCCUGCAGCUGUGGGACAUCGCGGGUCAGGAGCGGUUUGGCAACAUGACUCGAGUAUACUACAAGGAAGCUGUUGGUGCUUUUGUAGUCUUUGAUAUAUCAAGAGGUUCCACGUUUAAGGCAGUGUUAAAAUGGAAAAAUGAUCUGGAUAGUAAAGUUCAUCUUCCCAAUGGCAGCCCUAUUCCUGCUGUCCUGCUAGCUAACAAAUGUGACCAGAACAAGGACAGUGGCCAUAACCCUUCACAGAUGGACCAAUUCUGCAAAGACCAUGGCUUUUCUGGAUGGUUUGAAACUUCUGCCAAGGAUAAUAUAAACAUAGAUGAAGCCGCCCGGUUCCUGGUGGAGCACAUUCUUGCAAACUGUAAGCACUUUCCUAGUGAAGACAACGAUGUGGACAAAAUUAAACUGGAUCAGGAGACCUCAGUAGGAGAGCGCAGAGCACAGUGCUGCUGACGUGGCUUUUGCACCUCCCGUGCCUUCCUUGGUCCUGAGACAGGCUGGAGGAUGAUCAGGUGUUGCUGUGGACUGUGAAUCCCCCACCCGUGCCUUUCACAGUCCUGUUCCACAGGGCCCCUCUGAUCACUGAAAACCAGGACAGGGGGAGAAAUAACCCCACUCGUGUUUCUGUGACUUAAGAUGACCCCAGGCUUUGGUUGCUGUCCCCAUGCUACGGAGGAUAAUGUUUACAUCCUUUUAAACACCUUUGUGACUUUGCUUGUGUAGUUUUUAGUGUGAGCACUGGGUGGUAAUAAACUUCUCUGCAGUGCUCCUAUAAUGUUGAGUCUGUCUGUCUUCAGUUCAUUCUUACUCUUCAAGAGAUUUUUAGACUAUCUUAGUGACAGACACUCAGAGCUACUGUUUGGAAGGUCUAUUUUCUAUUUAAAAUUUGGCAUUCCAUGUAAACUUUUUUUCCCUUAAAUACUGUGAGUCCACCAGUCAUAACUGGUGUGGCAUGUGGUCACAUCUCUUAAAGCUAUUGUUACCCUUCCUAAUUUCCCAAAAGAUGGACUUUACGCCUCUGUAUCGUGGAUGUCUCCUUCUGGACCCAUUUACCACCACUUAGAAAUGAUGUCAGUGAAUAGUUCUUCUCUCUUCCUAGUCCUGUCUCUUCACUCUCAGUAUGUUUAUGUUUUCAACCAAGAACUGUAUUGAUGUUACCAUUCCAGUUCUCUCUCCCUAGAGCUAGAGUAUGUCUCAACAGUACUUUUCCAAUCUGUAAUGGUAAUAGUCAAAAAGAACUUUUGUAAAGCACUUAGAAUUGUAUCUGAGCUUCUGAAGUAUGAAUUGUGAAAGAAAUUAGGUCAUGUAUGAUUUUUCUAUAAAAACUUUGCACAUUUAUAGUAUAAUGACUGAAAAACUUCAGGCAGAUUCAACAAUGUUUGUGUAGCUAUUAAACCCAAUGAAGGAAAAAGAAUAAAUAUUUUAAGUGAAA